GGUAUUAAUUCCAGGGUGUUGCUGUCAUUAAAACCAAUAACAUAAUAUCUGACUGCGCUUUCCAAUCUCUCUCAGGAAGAAGCCGGGACUGAUAAACAAUGAACCGCCGGUAGUUGGCAGUCAGGUUCUCCGGAGUUAUGCAAUUUCUUUACAGCUCCCCUUAAGAAGUUAAGCCUUACAGCCAGGAAGAAAAUCAGCCAAUACCAUAGCCGCCAUCACCGUAGUUCACCCAGUCAAAGUCGCUCAGUUGUCCAACUUAGAAAAUGAGCUUGUAUGUAGGUUAUUGUACAGGUCAUAUGGCAUACUUGAAUCCGCUUCUUCGAUAUACGCCGGAAACAAGUGACAAACUCUAUUUCAAAUUCAAGCAAAGAAUUGGCCAUCAUUGCUUAUUCUUUGGUUUCUGGGUAUGGCUGAGUAACGAUUAUGUGGAACAAUAAUAAGAAAUUUGUGGCCUGAAAAAAAAGGGGACCAAUUAGCAUUGGUUGCCUGAACAUAAUCCAGACGGUCGGGCAGCCCAUUUGGGAUUAGCAGGCUUAUGAGAGAUGUGGAUAUAAAAUAAGAUAUAGUAUAGUAAUCUUGAGACUAGUAAGAUAUCAACCCUCUAUUUCUCUUCUUCCCUUUUUCAAUCUAUACUCAUCUUAGCCCGAUCAGGAUUUUUAUGACUGUCAAGCCAUGGGUGACAUGAAAUAUGAACUGUCCGAUAUGGACAAAAUCGGUAUCACGAAGACUGUGAAAGUCUUACUAUUCUAUGAGCUCCAACCCACCAUUGAUCCAGAUAGAUUGGUCACCUCCAUGGCGGAAGGGGUGAAGAACGCGACCAUCCAACUGCCCUUCAUGGCAGGGAACCUGGAAUUCAACGAGUAUGGUAAACUUUGUAUUGUGAUACCACCAGGAAGCCAGGUCAAACUCAAUAUUCGCCGGUUUGAGUACAAGGAACAAAAAUCGCUUUCCACCCUAGUCCAGGACUCAUUUUCUCCAGAUAAUAUGGACUUUAUCGAGUUUUUACCGGAGGAGCCAGCAACCCCAAAGCAGAUCUGCGCUCUUCAAUUAAGUCUCGUGGAGGGUGGCCUGAUUCUAGGGUUAUUGAUAAAUCACGCGGCUGGAGACUGGUCUGCCAUUGAUACAUUUGUGUCUCUUAUCUGUCAAAGCUGCAAGGCACAUCAGGAAGAGUUGAAAAUGCCUACCUACACCCCAGACCUCAACAGAGCUCCAUACAACGCGCCAGAGAUCGGCUCAACCUUCUCCAGGCAAGAACAUCUGGAAAAGCUCCCAAUGUUCCACGUCAUGGAGAAGAGCCAAUUCAAACUAAAGCCGCCACCUACCUUCCGAUCAAGCAUGUACAGGGUCUCUGAGUCAUCCAUACAACAGCUCAAAGCACGGUGCACCCCAUAUCUGACCGAGGUAGACUACAUAACCUCGUACGACUGCAUAUCUGCACUUGCCUGGACGUCAAUUACACGUGCCCGGCUCAAUCUGCACCCAGAAAAAUCCUCCUUGCCAUCCCGUUUCGUUCACCCCAUUGAUGUCCGCACUCGCGAUCCAGAGAAGAAAACUUCUGAGCGUUACUUUGGCAACGCCGUCAUCGGGUCUCAAGCAGGCCCUGCUACUGCCGAAACCCUGGUUUCAGAUGGUGACCGUGGUCUCGCAGCUGCAGCUACCUUAAUCCGUCAAUCUAUAAACUCCACCAACCUAUACACGAUCAGCCACAUGACCUCCCUCAUAAAGUCGCUCACUCCGAUGGAGACACUGGGCUCCCAGGCAGACUUCAGUGAUAUGGACGUGUUCAUGAAUACUUGGUACUCGGGGAAUGCCCAAAAGUACGAUAUUGGGGGUGAUUUGAGACCUGUUGCAUUUCGGGUUCCUUUGUCCCUCCCUGGAGCUUGCGCGGUAAUCUUGCCAAACUUUUCAAGUGGAGCAACGAGGAUCUUUGAGGUUUUAGUGCAGGUAGAGGUUGAGGAACAUGAGGAGCUGAGGAAGGACCCGGAGUUUUUAAGGUACUUUGAGGUUGUUGGGUGAUGAGGAUUGUUUUAUUGUUUAAUGGAAGUGAUUGUUCCAUUUUCAUAGUGGCAUACAAUUCUCAAGGUAAAUAGGAACAUUAAGCAGCAUUCUGAUG